CUCUAAAGUCUGACACUCUAACAAAGAUCUCCGCAAGAUCUCUGGUCAGGAUGCUGCUGCAGCGUCUGUGGACAUUCCUGCUGGGACCAUAAAAGACUUCAACAAGUGGAUUUACACACUAAUGAAGUGCAUUUACAAACAAAAAAAAGUAGAUUUAGAGACUGAAAAGUGGAUUUUUAGACAAAAAAGGGGAUUUAAAGACUGAAAAGUUCAUUUCGAGACUAAAGAAGCAGAGAGACUUAGAGGAUGCUGCUGCAGCCUGUGUGGAGCUUCCUGUUGGGAUACUCGUCCAUCCUGACGUCCCCCGUGUUCCCCAUUAUCUUCUCGCUUGGCGUGUACCUGUCCCUCUGCGCGCCCUACCUGCUGCUGGACGUCCUGUCCGUGCGCUGCGCCUGGCUGCGUCGCUACAAGCUGCAGCCUCACACUGCUGCCGACUGGGCAUCACUGCAGCGCUGUGUCGCUCUGACGCUCUACAACCACCUGAUCUACAUCUUCCCGCUCACGCUGCUGCACUGGUACGUGGCGCCGGCCCGGCUGGGGCCCGCGGCCCCGGUGGCAGUGGCCACGGCGCCGGCGGUGUCCGGUGUGCUGGUGCAGCUGCUCGCCUGUCUGCUGCUGUUCGACUUCCAGAGCUUCGUCUGGCAUCUGCUGCACCACCGCGUGCCCUGGCUAUACAGACAAUUCCACAAGGUGCACCAUACCUUCCCGUCCCCGUCGGCCCUGACCACUGAGCACUCCUCUGCCUGGGAGACUCUGUCUCUGGGCUUCUUCGCCGCGGUGACGCCGCUGGUCCUGGGCGUGCACCCUCUCUCUGAGCUCUGCUUCUAUGUGGUCAACAUGUACCUGUCGGUGGAGGACCACUGCGGCUACGAGCUGCCCUGGGCCACGCACCGCCUGGUCCCGCUCGGCCUGUACGGCGGCGCCAAACACCACGACCUCCACCACCUCAAGUCCACGGUCAACUUCGCUCCGUACUUCACCCACUGGGACCGGCUGGCCGGGACCCUCUGCACACAGGACUGAACAACGCACGCUGUUUAUCUCAAGGUCCUCUGCAGGGUUAAAGACUAAAACGGGCAUUUAGACUCAGAGAAAGUGGAUUUGGAUUCAGAGAAAGUGGAUUUAGUGGCUCGCCGGGACACAAAGGGUUCAGACUUUUCUUAGUUUUUUCACAGAUUCUGAAUGUUCUUUUUUCCAAUUAAUGUGAACUGAAAAAAACGUUUGUGAAGUGAUGGAGAAGUUAAAAAGAAACUGGAUUUAGAGUCUAGAGAAGUUUUUGAACUAAGACGGAGAGAUCUGAUGAGUUUUAAACUUUUUUUUGUUCUUUUGUGUUUUUCAAAAGUUUGUGAACAGACGAAAAAGAAAGUUUGUGAAGUGAUGGAGAAGGUAAAGAGGAAGUGGAUUUAGAGUCUAGAGAAGUGUGUGAAGUGAUGGAGAAGGAUUGAAUAACUAAUAAGUGGAUUUAUAGACUAAAAACUUGUUUCUGAAGUGAUAAAGAAGUUUAUAAAAGAAGAACAAAGUUUCUAAACUGGUCUAAAACUGCUGGACAGAAAUCUAUAAAAUCAGCUUUUACAUUAAAAGUGAAGUACAUGUUUAUUUAAUAUGUCUGUAUUUAUAAGUGUUGAUGUAUUUAUAUGUAUCAGAACCACAUGUUCAUAUUGAACGUAAAGGUUGGUUUAUAGAAAAUAAGCUACAGGUGUGUAACGAUGGAAAGAUGAACGUGUGAAUGUUUGAAUAUUCAUCUGUUGAAGUUGUUUGAAAUGUGACUGAAAAGUGAAAACAGAGUUUUGGAGAAAAGUUUCUCUUCUGAAGUGAAAAUAAACUUUAUGAACUAAA